GGCUGCUAUCCGUCGCGAGUGGUGAGUUUACGUCACAUCUGCCAUGACAGCACAAAAGGUACAACAUACUGACGCACGGCCAGGUCCGAUCUAACCCUCGUCGAGCGUCAGGACUACACCAGCGCCGUCCAAUGCCUCAUGAACAAGCCGGCCAAGACCCCAGCCAACGUGGCGUCCGGUGCAAAGAGUCGCUACGAUGACUUUGUCGCGACACACAUCCAGCAGACCGGCUCCAUCCACAACACCGCCAACUUCCUCACCUGGCACCGUUACUACACCUGGGCCUACGAGACAGCCCUCCGUGACGAGUGUGGUUACAAGGGCUUCCAGCCUUAUUGGAACUGGGAUCGCUACGCCGACGAUCCGGUGAAUUCACCACUUUUCAACGGCAACGCAUCCAGCAUCGGAGGCAACUCUGUCAAUGGGGACUGUGCCGAAACCGGUCCUUUUGAGAAAUUGACCGUCAACCUCGGACCGGGCUCUUCUCUCAACUACAACCCCCGAUGCCUGACGCGCGCUGUCAGCCGCGACAACGCCCAGCAAUGCACGGCCGACAAGACCUUCAACCUCAUCUCACAGAGCUCUACCAUUGCCAGCUUCCAGGAAACAAUGCAGACACCCUGGGGUGUCCACGCCGGCGGCCACUUUACUAUCGGCGGCGACCCUGGAGGUGAUCUCUUUGUGUCCCCCGGUGAUCCCGCCUUCUUCCUCCACCAUGCCAUGGUCGACCGCGUCUACUGGCUCUGGCAGCUCCAGGACCUGGACACUCGCCUGUCAGCUGUCGCAGGAAGCGUCACCGGCAGCAGCAGGCAGGGCUCUCUCGACGAUGACGUGAACUUGGGCUAUUCAGGCCCCGGCGUGACUCUCGGCUCUUUGCUCGACACAAUGGGUGGCAAAGAUGGUGCUUUCUGCUACUUUUACAUGUAGAGAUGGGAUGGGAUGCGCAAGGCAAUAUGAGGGUUGAGUGAUGACUGGCGAUGAAAGGGAUAUCAAGUAAUGCCGUAAUAUUUAGUAUAAGGAGAUGCAUGUGCGCCCGCGCCUACCUCCGAAUAUAUUCACAGAAGUGUGUACAGUACAUCGAGUGACUAAAGCCAAGUCGGACAUAUGUCGUGGAUGGACUCAAUGUCAGGGAGAGAUAUUUGGUGAGUCAGAUUAGAGGCUACCCUACUUGCAGCUUGUCGUCAUGCU